AGACCCACACAUUCACUAUUACUCACUCCUUUCUCUUUUCAAAAGGCCCUUGUGAGGCAGAUUGACAGGCUAGAAUGAAAAUGAGGCGGACGCUCGGUCACGACUCCAGUGCGUACGCGUCCUUUUGAGCAGACCUCUAAACUUGGAUCGUAUCACCAUGGGAGCUAUUUGGGCUACAAGGGACUUUUGUUUGUUUUUGCUCUUGUUAAAUAGUCGCCAAAGUGCUGCGCUUCCAGAGAUUCGAGCAGACCCAUGUGCAGAGGGCAGUGAUGGCUGUCACAUAGAUGCUAUUUGUCAGACGACUCAGAGCUCAUACAAGUGCACAUGCAAAGCAGGCUUUAAAGGAGACGGCCAACACUGUGAAGACGUUGACGAAUGCGACUUGGAGUACAAUGGCGGCUGUGUACACGAAUGCAACAAUAUACCUGGAAAUUAUCGCUGCACUUGCUACGACGGCUUCAAUUUGGCCCACGAUGGUCACAACUGUUUAGAUGUGGACGAAUGUAAGUUCAACAACGGCGGCUGCCAGCACACUUGUGUCAACACCAUGGGCAGCUACGAGUGCCGCUGCAAGGAUGGCUUCUUCCUCAGUGACAACCAGCACACGUGCAUCCACCGCUCUGUUGAGGGCCUCAACUGUAUGAAUAAGGAGCACGGCUGCGCCCACAUCUGCAAAGAGACACCCAAGGGGGGCGUGGCCUGUGAGUGUCGCCCGGGGUUCGAGCUGGCGCGCAACCAGCAAGGUUGCAUCUUGACGUGUAACCAUGGCAACGGGGGAUGCCAGCACACCUGCGAGGACACAGAUAAUGGCCCCAUAUGCAAAUGUCACGUCAGGUACACCAUGCAGCCUGACAGGAGGUCUUGUGUUGAGCGAGACGAGGCCACCACAGAGUCGUCGGACCACAACGCCACGUCCUUCGCCGAGGUGGACAAACGGGUCAAGCGGAGGCUUCUGAUGGAGACCUGCGCAGUCAACAACGGCGGCUGCGACUGCACUUGUAAAGACACAUCGACGGGCGUUCGCUGCAGUUGCCCCGUUGGCUUCACACUGCAGCCCGAUGCUAAAACCUGCAAAGACAUCGACGAGUGUGAGCUUCAAAACGGAGGCUGUGAUCACUUCUGCAGGAACACCAUCGGCAGCUUUGAGUGCAACUGCAGGAAAGGCUUCAAGCUGCUGACUGAUGAACGCUCGUGUCAAGAUAUAGACGAAUGUUUCUUUGAGCGGACGUGUGAUCACACGUGCGUCAACUCCCUCGGUAGCUUCCAGUGUCUGUGCAACAAAGGCUACACCAUGUACGGACUGGCCCACUGCGGAGAUAUAAAUGAAUGCAGCGUGAACAAUGGCGGUUGUGAGCAGGGUUGCGAGAACACCCAGGGUGGGUUUGAAUGCUCCUGCAACCCUGGCUACAAGCUCCACUGGAACAAAAAGGACUGUAUUGAGGCAGAGGGUUUACCACCUGUGAAAGCUGCCUCCAAGCCCACUUUGAACUGUAGCAAGCAGGAGGGAGGUGACCGCUGCUUCCUGACGUGCCAGUCACAAGUUCAUAUCAGCAGUGGGACGGAGGAUUCCUACACUGUGACCUGUGGAAUGCCCCUGCCCUGCUUGGCUGACGCGCAAAAGAACAACAGUGGCUUGCAAUGCUUCGCUCCAGAGAUGUUCGGCGUGCCUCGCAUUAAGACCACAGCGACAUUCAAGUCGGGCACAACCAAGUGCAACUUAAAAAGAAGCCAGGAGCGACUCAGGGAGAGCUUGAACUCAGCACGCUCAGACAGCAGGUUUCUCUUCACCGAGAACGUUCAGUUCAGCUACGUGAGCUUGCGCUGCACCUCGUCGGCGCACCGAGGGCGCAGCCGCCACGGCAGGAAAGCGGGCGAAGAGGACGGCUCGUCCAUCACCGCCGAGUUUGAACUGGAUGUGAACCUAGAGGAGGUAACAGCAGAGGGCUGCGACCUGAACUGCGUGAGACGGCGCUCUGAGAAAAGGCUUAGGAAGACCAUCCGUACCCUGAGGAAGUCCAUCAACCGGGAGCAGUUCCACCUGCACUUUGCCGGCUCGGACUACGAGCUGGCCAAGAAUCUGGCGCAGCCGUCGGAAGCGGCAGGACACUGCGUGGCCGGACAGGUGCUGAUGGGCAGGAGGUGUGUGAGCUGCAGUGUUGGCACGUACUUUGAUGGCGGGCAAGGGAGGUGUGUGACGUGUCCAGCUGGUACAUAUCAGGACGAGGAGGGCCAGAUGUCCUGCGAGGUGUGUCCCGCCCCGGAAGGAAGGGACGUCGCCAAAGUGGCCGGAGCUCGAAACAUCUCAGAGUGCGGAGGUCAAUGCCCCCCGGGUCAGUUCUCCCAAGAUGGCUUCACCCCUUGUUUGGUGUGUCCCCUGGGAUCGUACCAGCCAGAAGUGGGACGUACCACCUGCUUCCCUUGUGGAGGUAACCUGGUCACCAAGCGCAGUGGUGCCGUCACCUUUCAAGAGUGUGAGACCAAAGUUCAGUGCUCUCCCGGCCAUUACUACAACACAACAACACAUCGCUGCAUCCGCUGCCCGACCGGUACCUUUCAGGUGGAGUUUGGUCAGAACUACUGCACUGCCUGCCCUGGAAACACCUCCACUGACUUUGAUGGCUCCACUAGCAUCAUGCAGUGCAAAAAUAGACAGUGUGGAGGUGAGCUGGGAGACUUCACUGGCUACAUCGAGUCGCCCAACUAUCCCGGCAACUACCCCGCUAACGUGGAAUGCACGUGGACCAUCAAUCCGCCUCCUAAACGCAGGAUUCUUAUUGUGGUGCCGGAAAUCUUCCUGCCAAUUGAGGAUGAGUGUGGAGACUACUUAGUCAUGAGAAAAAGCGCUCUGUUAAACUCUGUGACCACCUACGAAACGUGCCAGACAUACGAGCGUCCCAUUGCGUUCACCUCUCGCUCCAAGAGGCUCUGGAUUCAGUUCCGAUCCAAUGAAGGGAACAGCGGGAAAGGCUUCCAGGUUCCCUAUGUUACAUAUGAUGAGGAUUAUCAAGAAUUGAUAGAGGACAUCGUAAGGGACGGGAGGUUAUAUGCAUCUGAGAACCAUCAAGAGAUUCUCAAGGACAAGAAGCUCAUGAAGGCCUUGUUCGAUGUUUUGGCACACCCGCAAAACUUCUUCAACUACACGGCACAAGAAUCCCGAGAAAUGUUCCCCAAAUCCUUCAUUCGCUUCCUGCGCUCCAAAGUCCUGAGGUUCCUCCGUCCGUAAGGGAGUGCUGAUGAAUAGUUAAAGAAGCCCCCAGUAUUUGUCCGGUUCCAAUGUUAUAUGCUUACUAUUGAGGUGGAUCACGUAACCGAUGCAAGCAAUCCUGAAAAGAAAUGAAAGAAGGGUGCAGACCUUUGAACUGGACUUUUUAGUGGGGGCAUAUUCUGUCCUUGAUAGAGCAUCAGAAUCAUUUCUGCCACUUUGUGUUGGUAUAAAACAGAGCGACUACAUUAACUGUAUAACCUACUUUUAGACGUAUACGUCUCAUUAUGAUGUUUGACGAGCCUUCUGUAUUUUCAUCUUAUCUGUAUUCAUCUAAUUGAAUAUUGCUCAAUUCGCUCAUUAUAACACUAGGAAACUUUUGCUGAUGCCGUUCUGAGUGAGUAGCAAAGUAAACAUACUGAAACUCAGUGACAUUGUAAAUAGUGUGUAUGUAGUUUUAACAUAGGCUACUUUUAAAAGUGACAGAAAUACACAAUGACAGAAACAAUGAUAGCACAAAUGUUGUUCUUGGGAACUUUAGCACUACAAAGGAAGUAGUGGAACCACAAAAAGCAAUUAUCCCUAAGAAUGUUUUGUACAUGAUGUAAAAAGUUUUAGGUGAAGUAUACCGUAGCGACAAAAUGUUUCACAAAUAGUACUCAUAUUUCAGACGUUUCCACAUUAUGGAAAAUCACUUUAAAAAUAUCCUGAAUUCCAAAAAGGCAGAGAGAAUAAAUGAAAAUAGGGCAUCUUAAUUCCUCCACUGUUUUGUUUUGUAAACCAACAACCAAAGACAGCUCUAAACUCUUCUGACAAUUAAGAGCAUAUGUUUAUGGGUAACAGUAAAAUGAGUUAAGUCAUUGAAAAGUCUUGUAAAACAGAAGCUACUCACCUGUCAUAAAUGAUGUGUGUGCGCGUGUGUGUGUGUCUGUGUGUGUGUGUGUGUGUGUGUGUGCACGCAUGUAUUUUUAUGGUUUUGUACAUCUACUACGCUGUAAAUAAACAUAGAAAUCUUA